GCCACUUUCAUUAACAAGACUGUUCCAGCUGAUUUAGAAGACUGUACUUUUAUAGCUGAAUAUAAAGAUAAGGAUGGUCAGGAGAUUCAUGCUGCUGCAAAAAGUGGAAACAUUGAGAUUAUAGAGAUACUAUUGUCUCAAGGAUUUGAGGUCGAUUCAAGGGACGAGGAAGGUACUACUCCACUUAUGUUUACAGCUCUUAAUGGCCAUGAAGGUGCUUUUCAGAUGUUGAUACAAAACGGUGCUGAUCCAUCUUUGAAAGACAACGAUGGGUUCAGUCUGCUUCACUCUGCUGCACAAGGUGGAAAUACAUCCAUUAUCAACAAGCUAUUAUCUGUUGGUGUUGCCAUUGAUUCAAGGAAUGAUGAUGAUGUCACUCCACUGAUGACUACAGCUGAUCAAGGCAAACAAAGUGCUUUUGAGAUGCUGAUACAAAACGGUGCUGAUCCAUCUUUGAAAGACAACGAUGGGUGCAGUCUGCUCCACUGUGCAGUAAAAGGUGGAAAUACAUCCAUUAUCAACAAGCUAUUAUCUGUUGGUGUUGCCAUUGAUUCAAGGAAUGAUGAUGAUGUCACUCCACUAAUGUGUGCAGCUUAUUGUGAUAAACAAAAUGCUUUCGAGAUGCUGAUACAAAACGGUGCAGAUCCAUCCUUGAAAAACAACAAAGGGUUCAGUCUGCUUCACUGUGCUGCACAAGGUGAAAAUACAUCCAUUAUCAAUAAGCUGUUAUCACUUAGUUUUGACAUUGAUUCAAGGAGUAAUGAUGGUGUCACUCCACUGAUGACUGCAGCUGAUUAUGGCAAACAAAAUGCUUUUGAGAUGCUGAUACAAAACGCUGCUGAUCCAUCUUUGAAAAUUAAAAAUGGUUCCAGUUUGCUCCACAUUGCUGCACAGGGUGGAAAUACAUCCAUUAUAGAGAAGCUGUUAUCACUUGGUCUUGACAUUGAUUCAAGGAGUGAUGUUGGUGCCACUCCACUGAUGACUGCAGCUGAUUAUGGCAAACAAAAUGCUUUUGAGAUGCUGAUACAAAACGGUGCAGAUCCAUCUUUGAAAACCAAAAAUGGUUCCAGUUUGCUCCACUUUGCUGCACAAAGUGGAAAUACAUGCAUUAUCAACGAGCUGUCAUCACUUGGUCUUAGCAUCCAUUUAAAAGAUGUCUAUGGUAAAACUCCUCUGACCAGAGCAAUAGAGAGAAAUAAUACUGACGCAGUAAAAUUUUUGACAUCCAAGAGAGCAUUUAAAUAAAUUAGCGUAAUCGGUAAUACUUAAUUAUUUAUGUCUAUUAGUAUCUUAACGAGGAAUUUGAGAUAGCCGUGUGAAGAAAACUAGAAUUUGCAAACCAUGAAGGUAGUCAGAGAUGUUUUUCAGUUUGGCAGCCACCUUCCUAAAAGAACUGAUUUCAUUUAUGACCAGAAAAUUUUGCAACCAUGUACCUUCAAACAAAGAAAUGUUUAGAAAAUACUCUUGUGACUUUAAGAAGGAACGUACUCUGUUAAAAUUAUUCAGUCUAAAAGCAUUAUUAAGUUCAGAGUACAUGGUUCAAAUAGUUGACUUUAUUCAGCAGGUAAGAAUGGUGUGGACAAAACACUGACCCCCAGUCCAUGGACUACCCAUAUGGAUUACACAAAAAUGGACUACGCCGGUGAAGUUUAGUGAUUAGGGUUACGAAACUGAUUGAAUCAAGUUCUAUUUAGGGUCCUUUUACGUGGAAAACUGACCUGAAACUUCAAUCACUAAACUUCAGCGGCGUAUUCCAUUUUAGGGUAGUCCAUGGACUAGGGGUCAGUGUUUUGUCCACCACCGGUAAGAAUAACCCAUUUAACAGGUGUGAGUGAGAUCCUAAGUUAAGAGGAAACGCUUCAGAGGCAGCCAACGACGGUUUCCUCCUAAAUUCAUUGAAAACACUUUUAAGGCUAUCCUGAAUACUUGUAGAUCCCUAGAAUUGCAUUCUAAGGGGCGCUUUAAAAUUUGUACCUUUUCGGUCAUCCUAGGUUACAGUAACUUGAAUCUUUUCGAAAUUAAAUUAAAAGGGCUUCAGUAUUAUUUUCCCGAAAAUUUUUAGACGCAAUUUAACUCAUUACUGAAAUGUGAUUGUUUUUUUUUUCUGAUUCUUCUCUCCAUCACAUUUUGGAAUCCGAAAAUUUUAGGUUUUUUGCAUCAUUUUUGUACGAAAAAUAGCAUAACCCAGGGCGGUGAAAUAUGAAAAACGAAACUUCAGAAAAUCGUAGGGAAAUUAUUAGAUAACUUCAUAAACUUCACAAAUUGUACAUGAAUGGAACGGUUAUCUAUAAAAAUUUAGCCGUUUACAAGUUACCGAAAAUUCUAGGCAAUUUUAUUUGCUUCUCCGGCACCCCAACGAAGGGAAAGGCAAAGAUUAGACAACUCAAUACUUUAGACGCCUUUAUAGCACUUCUAGAAACUCAUCUUUUGAAGCAAGCGCAACAAGCCCACUAGGGGUGAUCAGAUCCUGGACUUGGUCUUAACCAAUCAACCAGAUUUG